AUGGAGGGAGAUGGAAGUGAAAAAGUAGAUGAUGUGAAUGGAGAAAUUGGUGGAGGAUAUGGUAAAGAUGAAGAAUGUGAAUGUAACCCCCACAGACCGUUAAGGGCUGAAAGCAAGUGUGCUCUUGUUUAUGGUCAAACGAAUGAGCCACCUGGUGCUCUUGCCCGUGUUGGCCUUACUGGUUUGACCGUGGCUGAACACUUCCGUGAUGCUGAAGGGCAGGAUGCGAUUCUCUUUAUUGACAACAUUUUCCGAUUUACUCAAUUGACAAACUCAGAAGUGUCUGCUUUGCUUGGUCGAAUUUCGUCUGCUGUUGCUUACCAACCGACUUUGGCUACUGAUCUUGGAGGCCUCCAAGAGCGUAUUACCACCACCAAGAAAGGUUCUAUCACAUCUGUGCAAGCCAUUUAUGUGCCUGCUGAUGACUUGACGGAUCCAGCUCCUGCAACAACCUUUCCAUGUAGCAGAAGUGUUCACUGGUGCUCCUGUCAAGUAUGUGGAGUUGAAAGAGAGCAUCACCAGCUUCCAGGUCUGUAUACUAGUCAUAUCGUCUGCCCAUCAUGGUUAUCUCGGGCUUUUCCUGAGCUGGCAAAGGCAAAGCCGAGUUAA